AGCAUCCAAGUAAAAAUGCAGAUCAGCUGUGCGGAGGUAGCAUGCGAUAAAAAUUGUCACUUCUUCAACAAGAUGGCGAACGAUGUAGGGAUGUGGAAUGUCCUUGUCAUGGGCUUUUCCUUUAUGUUUAUGUUCACAGCCUUUCAAACGACGAGCAUGAUCGAGCCAACUGUACUACAGAAUUUCACCAGCAAAGAAUACCCUGAAAAACCUGAAAAACAUAUCAAUGGCUAUAUAAGCCAGGGUAUCAUCUAUGCAGUUUUUGCAUUGGCUAACUGGCUGGCACCUUCUUUUGUGGGGAUAUUUGGACCAAGAGUUUCAAUGAUUGUUGGAGGGAUCUGCUAUGCCCUGUUUAUAGCAAGCCUCAUUGAACCAAUGGCAUGGAGUGUAUACACAGGAUCAGUUAUUAUUGGAUAUGGAGCAAGCGUAAUAUGGACGGGUCAAGGUACCUUUCUUACAAUGAAUUCCACUCCUGAAACAAUCUCAAGAAACAGUGGCAUUUUCUGGGCGUUGCUCCAGUGUAGCUUGCUCUUUGGGAACAUGUAUGUUUACUUUCAGUUUAAGACUCAAGUGGGAGGAAUCAGUGACACUGUUAGGAGGACAGUGUAUACAGUAUUCACCACUGUGUGUGGUUUAGGAAUAUGUCUGUUGUUCCUUCUUCGGAGACCAUCAAGUUUGCCAUUAGAGGUAAAUGAGAAUGACAAUGAUGAAAGAGAAUUAAGUCAAAAUAUCAGGCAACGUCCCAGCACUGAGAGAAGAGGUGCCCUGGAGUCACUCAAGGUUGCUGUAAGACUGUUUUUCACAAAGGAUAUGUUUUUCCUCAGCUUGUGCUUUGCAUACACAGGUCUUGAGCUCACAUUUUUUAGUGGUGUGUAUGGCACUUGUGUUGGAAACACACUUCUCUUCCCCAAUUCUAAACGUCAAAUUGGAUUGGUGGGAAUGCUCAUUGGUUGUGGUGAGAUAACUGGUGGCCUUAUAUUUGGAAUCUUUGGCAAAAGAAGUAACAAGUUUGGCAGAGAACCCAUUGUCCUUUUUGGAGCACUUGUUCACUGGAUUUGUUUUCUUCUUAUCUUUUUCAACAUUCCUGAGGAAGCUCCUAGCGGACCAGUAUCAGGAGGAGAGAAUUACCAUGUAUUUCCAAAAGGGCCCAACUUACCUGUUGCUUUGCUUUGUGGUUUCCUUCUGGGGUUAGGAGACAGUAGCUUUAAUACACAGAUUUAUGCAAUUUUGGGUUCUCUGUAUGAAAAAGAUAGUGCUCCAGCUUUUGCAUUGUUUAAAUUUGUACAGGUCAAAGGUUUUAGACUGAUAAAAGAACUAUUGGCUAUCAUAUCAGUGGCAGACCUUAUGAAGUUACAACCAUCCCUUACAGCAGCCAUUGGAUUCUUCUACAGUCUAAGGUUAAAUUUACCAUGGCAACUGCUAAUUCUGGUGGUUUCUUCACUUUUUGGAACACUUGGUUUCUUUCAAGUAGAGUGGAAAGCAAGAAGAGUGGCUAAUCAGGGUUAUGCUCCUAUAUCAAGUUGAUGUGUGGAAGAUGAAUACUAAUAAUUAUUUUCAGCAUGGUGAACCCAUGUAGGUUGUUGUUUUGGGGGGGGGGGGUAGGGGAAGGGGGGGAGGGAAGAGGAAUUCAAAAGAGGUUAAGAAAUAGUAACAUCAGAGUACAUUUCAAUUGAGCAUCAUCUAACUGAAAUCAAAGUUAUCAUUUAAAAAGUACUUAAUAUAAGGGUAGAUGACGACUCAAGGCAAAAUGAGAAUCCUGACUGAAGUCAAGAAAAUACAAAUGACUUGUGGACUGGAGAUGCUGUGGCUUUUUUAGACCAGUUGUAGAGGAUAAAAAGUAGCACUGAAUGUAAAACAGUUUAUGUGAACGAAAAACUUUGUAAAUUAGUUGAAAAUGCUGGCUUUUGGUAAGUUUUGAAAGUUUUUCAAUAUAGUGAUACAUAAGUUUUGCAAAAUUUUGUACACAAAUAAUGUCAAUUUUGAAAUGGAAACAUUUGGGAAUUCACUGAAAAGUUGGUAUAAUUAGAGUUUGUGUAGGUCACAAGAUCAUUAACUUUGGUCAAUGUUUUGCUUUUUGUUGAAAAACAAACAAUUGAAUCAUCUUUCUUAUAAUUAUUUGUGUAGUAUACCUGGAAGAGACAUGUUGAUUUAGAGACUGCUCAACUUAAAUAUUAAUUUCUUGAUGUCAGUAAUGGCAAUGUCAAGAAUAUAGUAUAGUACAGGAGACCUUGUGGCACUAAAAUUUAAUUUAAGUAUAAUGAUUGCCACUGAAGUGAUGAAAUAACUAACACUAAUACAAGAUUGAUCAUACUUCAUUAUUUUCUCUAUGUGUAGAGUUACUUCUAGAAACAAAAGUGUGUUAAUGAAAUUUAAUAUCUUAUAAAGUUUGCAAUGCAGAACAAUUCUAAUUACUCACAAGUAUUAAAAAUCUUAAUUUUCAUAAAGGCAACAAAUUAAAAAAAUUAUUCUCUUACAAGGGAGAUUGUUUGUUUUGUUCAUAGCCACUGUUUUGCUUCACUACCAAUGCAUUCUCUUCCCCAUGUAAGGAAAAAAGUACAUCAUGAGAACACAGAACUUGAGAGGAGAUCAGGGAAUCAUGCACAUCAUUUAUAAAACUAGGCAAUUUUUCUCAACAAGGAGUAGGGAAGGUCACAUGUAUUCAAGCUACUUGUUUGUAUUACCUAGCUAGAUCUAAGUAAUUUGGCAUUAGAAAGACGUGUCGAGAAAAAGGAAAACAAUAAAGAGAAAUUGGUAACCA